AUGCCUUGUGCGGAGAACAUCACUCGUCCUUCUGUUCGAAGAGACCUCGAGUUUUGGAAACAUCAUGAAGAAGUUCUGGCUGCUGGUGGCUGGGAAUUCCUUUUUCCGAUUGGAUAUCUCGUUGUCUCCUGUAUUCUCUCCCAGCAAUGGAAUACAGAAGGAAGAAAACAAACGAGAGAUUCUCUGAUGGCUCUCAAAACUGGAGCUACGAUUGCAUUCAUCGGGUACUACACCUCCAUUCCACUGUUUCUCGUUUAUGAGAAUAUGAGAAUUGUCUUCUUCUUUGCCCAUUUUCUCUCCAUCUACUCGGUAGUCAUUUUUCUUCUGAAAGCCCAACAGCCAAGUGAAUAUCAACUGGGUGUCCAUCCCAGUGAAUCAAUAGGAAUUCCCCGUUCAAUCCUCUUGGGAGCCGUUUUCGUGUUCAUUCAGGUCGCGACCAUUGUAUCCACUGGUGGAAGAUAUUAUGAGUGUCCACCAAGUUUUGUUGUCGUCUUGGAUGAUUUGGUAUUUAAAGGAAUGAUUGCAACUCAUUCGAUCUCCUAUAUUCUUGUCAAACAACUGUGGAUUGCACUUCGCGUUGAGACUAUACUGAUAUCAAACGACGAGAGAAUUCUGGCAAAGUUGAUGAAGAGAGGAAAUAAGUGA